CAGGCCGGAUGAGGGGUCCACACAGAGCCAGAGGGGACCUGAGGAACCAGAGCCUUCCCUUCUGAGCUGUCGCCUUCGUUUUCCCAGACCACGGUCUCCCAGGCUCUCUCCCACUCUCUGGGGUCCUGCUUCCUGCUACCUCUCUGAUCAUGGCUCAUGUGGACGAGGCCGCCCGCCGGUUGUCCAAAUCUGGGUCAACCCUCUAUGCAGUGCUGGAGCUUAAGAAGGGUGCCUCACCUGAAGACGUCAAGAAGGCCUACAGGAGACUGGCCUUGAAGUAUCAUCCAGACAAGAAUCCAGGGGACGCUCAAGCAGCAGAAAUCUUCAAGGAGAUCAACACAGCCCACUCCGUACUGAGUGACCCUAAGAAGCGGAAAAUUUAUGACCGGCAUGGCUCAUUGGGAAUAUAUAUAUACGAUCACUUUGGCGAAGAAGGAGUCACAUACUAUUUUACGAUGAAUAGUUGUUGGUUCAAGACGCUUAUCCUCCUGUGUGCUCUGCUCACCUGUUGCUGUUGCUGCUGCUGCUGCUGCUUUUGCUGUGGAACACUUAAGCCACCACCUGAGGAAGCAACUAACAAAAAAUAUACGUCAAAUGUCCAGCAUCAGCCUCCAAGGUCAGGACGCAGAGAACAUUUUAGAAGAGAGGAAGAUGGUUCUAGUGAUGAUAAUUAGUAAAAGAUGAAGAAGAGUGAGAUGCUGACCCAAUGAGGGUGCCUUCUGCUGCCCAGUCCACUAGACUCAGUGAAGAGAGGAGCAAGUAGCCCUGUCCUAACACUGACCCUGAUUUGCCCCUUCUAUGUGUAAGACUCCCGUCUUCAGACACAUUGAUGGCCUCCAUCCCAGUGAGGACGCCAUCUUUGUCCUUGAUGCUGUCGCUGACCCUGGCCAUACAGGGUCAUCUAGCUGUUCUUUUUAGCUCUAGUCCCAGUUUUAACCUGUUAGAAAGCAGCCCUCCUAACCAACCCUUGUGAGGUCUUAGGCAGGGGUGACAGUCUUUUCCUGAACAUUGUUUUUCCUGUGCCUUCCUUGGAAAAUGAGCCAGUGUCAGCGGUAGUGUCAGCCACUGAUGAAACUUCCAUCAGGAUCCUGAAAACCAAGCAGGAUGGAUCCUGUCCUGGAGCUGCUGUAUCAGUGACCCGCUUUUGUUGCAACUCUGUGUGCCAGGAACUCUUCGUUCAGCCUUAUUCCCAAGCAAGUACACCUUUCUGGGGGCUGGUCUCAUCUUCUUUUGGUGCCCAUGCCCUUGGCAUUGCCAGCCUCAUCCGGUACCACCAUGAGACAACUCAGGAAGAGCAUAAGUGCAUUUGAGGCUUAGAGGUUGCUGUUCCACCUUUCAAUUCUCCCUGGACUGCAGCUGCUAGCACAGCAUCCAUGAGCAUGGGGCCUGUGGGUUGACCGAAGUUCACACAGCAGUGCCUGCCGGCUUCCAUCCUUCUGGUCUCAUGUUGUACAAGCUGAUCACUAUAUGUUUUGCACUUAAAAUAGGGGCAUGAAAAAUUCGCAGGGUCAGAACCUAGUAACUCCUCAAACUUCUCUCUCCUGACUGGGAGAAGGGCUAAGGAAUGUCAGUGAAUAAAAGAGCCUUUUUUAAUCCAA